AUGGUGUCGCUUGUUGGCGUCGUUGACGUUAAGGUCUGCGACGAACUCGCAGUGGAGAAGUUUGUGCUUGUCUUCGAUGGCUUUACUGACGCCGCGGAACAUGCGAUCGCCAUUUUUGCCGCCACGAAAAAGGGCAUUCGGUUUCUCGCAUUUUCGCCUUUCCAGGACGAGGCCUCCCAGACCGCGUCGGAGCACAUCGCCUUCCUGGACCUGGUCCUAGAUCACUACGGGUUGGAUGUAGCCAACAUGAUUGCUAUUGUGGCGGAUAAUAUGGAGACGAAUAAGGCCAUCGCACGUCGCAUCAAGGUGCCAAUGAUUGGCUGUGCUACCCACCGCUUCAACCUCGCGGUUCGUCAGUGGAUCGAGCCGCACAUGCCUCUUAUCAAAAAG